AUGGAUUAAUAAAAAGGAGAUUUAGGAGGGUUUUUUGAAUCUUUAUUAAGAAAAUAAUCCGUUAAAGAUCUUGAAUUAGAAGGUAAAAGAGUACUUUUAAAGGUUACUUUGAAAAUAAAAGACACUAUAGAGGCUUUGGAGUCAAAAAGAAAACACGAAAAUAGAAUUUUAAAGGAAAAGAAGAAGAAGAACUGCGAAAAAUAGAAGAAGAAAAGGCUUUAUAGGAAAAGCUUUUGA